AUGCGCCCCUCAAUACUCUCUUUCCUCGGAGCGCUUGCCGCUGGCGCUUCCGCAGUCAAGGGACCUGUCGUCCACAACAGAAGAGGUCCGGGGCCAAAGCUUCAAGUCUUGCCACGACAGCUACCAGCCGAGCCCACUGGCGUUCAAACAAUCGUCACUCCCAAUGGGGUCAAUAUCACCUACAAGGAACCGGGAAAGGAGGGCAUCUGUGAGACGACCCCGGGCGUCAAUUCAUACGCAGGCUUCAUCAACCUUGCUCCGGAUGUCCACAGCUUCUUCUGGUUUUUUGAGUCGAGAAACGACCCUGCCAACGAUCCGAUCACACUAUGGCUCAAUGGAGGGCCCGGAAGUGACUCUCUGAUCGGGAUGUUUCAAGAGCUCGGUCCGUGUAAUGUCACCAAAAACUUGACCACUCACCUCAACCCGUACGCAUGGAAUGAGGCUUCAAACAUGAUCUUCCUCAGUCAACCAUUAGGGGUGGGGUUCUCGUAUGGCUCAAAGGGCCCGGGCUCGCUCGAUCCAAACUUUGGAAACUUCGUACCGCCAUCAGAGGCAAAUGUAACCGGCAGAUAUCCCAUCAUCAAUGCGACUGCGAUCGAUACCACGGACCUCGCCGCAGUCGCUGCCUGGGAGGUGCUCCAAGGAUUCUACGCAGCGUUACCGCAGCUUGAUUCCAAGGUCCAAUCAACCCAGUUCAACCUGUGGACAGAAUCUUACGGAGGACAUUAUGGACCCGCCUUCUUCAACUACUUCUACCAGCAAAACGAAGCCAUUGCCAACGGUAGUCAAACCGGUAAAUUCUUCGAGUUCGUGAAUCUGGGGAUUAUGAAUGGGAUCGUGGAUGAAUACGUCCAAGCUCCGUAUUACCCCAUCUUCGCCAACAACAAUACCUACGGAAUCAAAGCCGUGAACGAUACCGUUUAUGACUAUAUGACCUUCGCUUGCCACAUGGACGGCGGCUGCCUGGACCAGAUCUCCUUCUGCGCCAUCGCCGACACUUCGACUCUUGAGGGUCAGGCCGCGUGCACCGAGGCUGAAGACAUGUGCCGCGACAACGUUGAGUCCCCAUACUACUAUUACGGCAAUCGCGGCGUUUAUGACAUUCGACACCCGUACGUUGACCCUACCCCACCCACCUACUUCAUCGACUUCCUCAACUUGCCCUCGACACAACAAGCCCUGGGCGUUGAUACCAAUUACACCACCGACGCCAACGACGAGGUCUACUACGCCUUCCAACAGACGGGCGAUUUCAUCUACCUCAACUUCAUCGAAGACUUGGAGCAGAUCCUCAACUCCUCCUCUGUACGCGUGACUCUUGUGUAUGGCGACGCAGAUUACAUCUGCAAUUGGUAUGGCGGGCAGGCUGUAUCCCUUGCCGCUAAGUGGCCUCACGCCGCUCAGUUCAAGGCCUCGGGGUAUGUGCCCUUCGUGGUCGACGGCGUCGAAUACGGCGAGACCCGUGAGUAUGGCAACUUCUCCUUCACCCGAAUUUACGAGUCGGGCCACGAGGUCCCCUACUACCAGCCCGUUGCGGCGCUGGGCUUCUUUACCCGCGCAAUCAAUGGCUUGGACAUUGCCACGGGCACAAUGCAUGUGAACGGGACACAAGGAGGAACCAAGGGCAAGCCGAGUGCUACGCAUACGGAGAGCUUCGUGCCUCUGCCGACUUCGUCACGUUCUGCAGCAUCGGCGCCGUCGUCGGUGCCGCGAGGGCCAGUUAUUCCCGGUCGAUUUGCGAGACGCGGGUAUUGA